GGACCAAUCACGGUGCCACAAAUUUGACGUUUUGCAUAACCUCACACAUUUAUUUUCAAAACAAACCAAAUGGGCAAGUAUUCCAGCGACUCGGACAGCGACAAGCGCAAAAGCUCGUACAAGAGCCGGUCCAAGCGCAGGUCAAGCUCCUCGAGCUCGUCCGACUCCAGGAGCCGCAAACGGCGCCACAACCGGAGUCGGAGCCGCGACAGGUACUCCAAGUAUUCCAAGUCGCGGAGGAGAUCGCGGUCGCGGUCACGGCACCGCGACCGCCACCGGAGGCACCGGAGGUCGAGGUCCAGGUCCAGGUCGUACAUCAAGGAGUACACGAGUAAGCCACGGCGACGCUCCACCUCCUCCUCCAGCGACUCUGAGCCCAAGAACGAGGAGAUUGUGAAGAAUGAGGCGAAGAGGGCGUCCCCCGAAGUGUCGAAAGUCGACGCCAAAGCGGUGAACGCCAUCAACGAGGAGGGUUUCACGCCCAAAAGCUUCACCAGCAAGUCGAAGAAAAUGAUGGAGAAUAUUGUCAUUGAUUUGAAGAAACAGACGAUUAAAGUGCCGGAGGUUGAACCGGUAGAACCUGAUAGUAUUUUUCAUCAUAAUCUUUUUUUGAACGAGGAGGCGAGGAUGGAAAAGUGGAUUAAAGAAUUGUAUGGGUAUCGGCAACGGGCGCUACAGCAAGGGCUCAAGACUGGGGAAAAGUAAUUGUUACGUCUGAAAAUAAAAUGCAACCAGCAAUACAUAUUACGUUUAA